CCUUUCUUCUUCGAAAUUUAAACUUCUUAUUCAUGUACCUCCAUAGUUGUUUCUUUAUCGUCGCGCAAAAUGUUUUAAUUUUAACAGGGGGUCCCAUUUAAUAAGUGCCAGUGCGACGUUCUCAGGGAUAAAGUUCCUAAUACAUUACCAACGGGUUCCCGUCUAGGCGGUACGUGGACGUGGAUACGUAUGGAUACGUACUAGGUACCCUACAUACCCAUACAUGCCCAAAGUGGUACCUGUCUUCUGUCUCCUUGGCUUAACAGGCUUAGGUGCACUUAGGUGCCGGGGGGUCCUAAAUUAUUACCUACGGUAAUUUUCUUUCUGGCUGGCCCAGAACGACACGAACGCAACACAACACCACCAUACACCACCAUCCGGAUAUCCAACUCAACUCUAUACUGCAUCCCUCUCAAACAAACAGCCACGCCAUCCAACAUACCUCGCACUUCAAGUAGAAUCCGGCAACAAACAAUUACUUAUGACAACUUCAUUUUCCAACCACUGCCGUGUUCGAUAGUCGGCGUCCGACAUCUCUCCUUUUCUCCCUCCCCCUUUGCUGACUAGGCUGCUUUGCGCACCGCCAGGCGCAAUGAAUGCCAUACAGCAAAGAUGUCGCCCGAAACAUCAAGUCUUGGUUCUCAAGUGUUAUCCUCGAACUACCAAGGGUGCCGUUGAUGUUAAGCCGAACUCGAGCGAACUGAGUUAUCUCCUAUUCUACGCCACGUCGCGACGGUCUAAGAUACAGAAAGUUGGUCAAUUCCUCGAGAAGAAAACAGCUAGCGAUGUUUGGAGGGUACGAAUUGGGAAUGUUCAAGUUACUCUGCAAAUACUUGCCGCUCUGAUCGAAAAAGCUCCAAAAGACCUUCCCCUAUUCGCACAAAAUGUCCUCAAGAUUCUGGACCUCGUCCUUCGGUCUAACGACAUUACCAUGGUUGAGGCAUCGCUGCCGACCUUCCGAACGUUCUGCGAACACCACGAUGUCUCGUCCCUUUUUGCCGACCAAGCUUACCUUCGUCAAUAUGAGCAAGUCGUUCGCGCCUACGCCACGUUCGCGUCUACUCGGAAAGCCCCUAGUAGAACCACAACCAGCAAGCCGGUUGCUCUAAGGUGGAGAAAUGCAGGUUUGGAAGCAAUCAAGAGCGUUGCCGAGUCAGAUGCUUUGUCAUCUGUCGCUGGACGUCAACUCGACGUUAUAGUACCCAUGAUUCUAGAAAACUUAUGGACAGACAACGAAGAGUUUCUCAACAUUUUGCUACAACGUGUCCAGAUGGAAGAGAAGGUUGAUUCCAAUGCCCUGCUACGACGUAGAACGAGUAUUUCUACCGUUAGAACGGCCGACACGGGCGGCGACGCGAACCCUAUAGCUAUCUCGGGCUCGUCCGUUGAUAUAGACAAGUUGGCUGAAGAGGAUAUUGGUGUGAUGGCUAUGCAAUGCCUGAAGCAAAUAUUCGUCAUACCCAAUAGGGCGCAGAUCAACGGGGCAACCGCAUCCCUACUGCAAUUUAUUAAGGAACGAGUUCAGCAAAAGGAGACCGUGGUGGUGGAAACUCAAGACAGCAAGGGACGCGACCACGGUUGGGCAAUCAAGAUCUUUGAAUUUGUCGCGAGAUGGGCCCCAGUACAAGACCGCUAUGUUAUUAUGAUUACUACGACGGAUAUUCUCUUAAAGACGCCCCCGACGGACGAGAACGUCGCUGAGCAGAUUGUGCUCACUGCUAUUAUUGGGUCUUUGCUAAGCUCCGACAUCAACUUAAUCGGUUUGAGCGUUAUGGAUGUUCUUUUGGGGUUGAUACAGCACAUGAAGCGGGUAUUGAAACAUUCGGGAAGCUCAAGGGGAAGCAGUGGUCCUGCCACAGCAUCAGGAGACGAGAAGCCUCCUGUUCCUGAUAUCACUCAGCACAUCUCGCCCCCAUAUAGGGAUCUUUUAACCCGUAUUCAACAGUCCAUUGGCCAUUUGGCUACUCACGUCUAUUAUGCAGACCAGAUUUCCGAUAUGGUUUCUACCAUCUUGUUGAGGCUUAAACCUCACCCAAGUACAAGUACAGCAAAUUCAUCACCGCCAGCCGAAAAGGCGGAGGCCAUACCCGGAGCUUCAACCGGCAAUGUCUCAGAUGACCAAUCUCACCUCGACAGUUUUUUCGCAUUGGAUUUGGCUAAGACUAUUGCUCUUCAAGCUAUCAAAUCUAUUCUUCUCGUUGCGAACCCGCAGACGAAAAUCAGCGGUAAUGUUAAUUUGACAAGGAAUAAGGUCCCCAUACAGGUGUGGGAGGGUACACAUUGGCUCCUACGCGAUCCGGAUGGACAAGUUAGAAAAGCAUACGUAGACACCCUGUCCACUUGGCUCGAUCGAGAAACUGCCAGGUCCGACUUAGAAGCGCGAGAUGAUGUGGCCCUGAAGUCGUCACCAAAGUCUAAAAAUAAAGAAUCGCCUACUAGCGUAGCUCGACGAGCCGUUUCGAGCGCAUCGAAUCGGGAGAAAUCGGGCAAGGCUAGGCGAUGCCGCUUUUUACAACUUAUCCAUCUUGCCAUUUAUGACAACGCUUUACAGUAUAUCGAAUUUGAGGCGGAUAUUGCAUUACUCCAUAUCUUAUUAACAAAACUGGUUACUAAGCUUGGCGUUAAUGCUGCUAGAUAUGGGCUUCCUAUGAUUUUCCGACUUCAGGAGGAUAUUUUGGAAGCGGAGACGCCCGCGUCAAAAGUACACCUUGGUUGUCUUUGCCAUGGCUAUUUCUGGGCAUUAAGUGAGCAUUUCGAAUUUGAAGGGACGCCUGUUGGUCGCGCGGUCCAUAACGAAAUUGUCAGGAGAAGAAGCAAACAAUUUUGGGUCGAAGGUGUACAUGUUCCCACACCGUCAAUUGAGACAUUGGGAACGCCUGGUGUGGCUAGGCAGCACACAAAGAUGCCUACACACGAAGUAGAGUCGGAGGCGUUGCUACCUUUUGAUGACCGUAUCACGAUGAUCGACUGUAUCUGCGCAAAUUACAAGGACAGGACAAUUUCUCCUCCCUCAAGCCCUCCUGCGUCGCCCGGCCGCGUAUUCGCUCAUCCUGUCUUAACCUCUGGUUUGAGUACCAUCCCACGGGCGGAUGAUGAGCUUGAACUGCCUGAAAAGUUCAGGGAAGAAAUGUCGACAGAGUGGAACCGAGAAGCUGCCGUCAUUGCUCUACAAGCGGAGAGCAAGUCCGCUUCGCUCAACGGGUCUAAAACAGGGACGACUACUACUAAGGGAAAUCAUCUUACCGUCAAUGGACUCACGGCUAAUGGCCACACUUCGAGUAGGCCAGAAUCAGCUUACGCUCGUCAGAGCAAUCUUCGGCCUCAAUCGCAUGCUAGCCAGGUCGCAGUUUUACGAAAUUCUAGUGUACAAAGUCAUGGCUCGGGAAGGAGUGCAUCUAGCCGAGGCUUUGUCGCCUCUGUUGAUCAACUUAAAUCGGUGUUGACAGGGGAUCCAGUCAGACCAGCUACAUUCCAAACACUAAAAGAAGAUGAGGAUAGCAGUGACAGUAUGGCGAGCUAUGAUUUCACACCAUCGGAACUUUCGUUCAACCCCGAUCGGGCCGACGGUGAUAAUUACGACGCAGUCCUUGCACGAUCGAGGUCAAAGUCCCGAGAGCGAAAGUCAUCCGGAGAUUCAGGAGGCCCUCUUACAUCUCACCCUACAGAGGGUGAAACCGAAGAUGGGGAAGAAGUACCACCCGUGCCUCCACUGCCGGCGGCUUUGGCGGGCAAAUCGCCUCCGCCUGAAGUCGGGUUGGCCAAGGUUUCUAGCAAGGAUCACGCAGUUAACACUCCCAAGAGGAAUAUUAGGAGUCGAGGGGGUGACAGCAUCCUCUCAAGCAACUUUGCUAAUGCGGGCGCCGCCAGCAUGGACUUACAAGCGAUGCUUAAGGGUAUCGACAGCAAAUCAAAACAGAACACUAUCGGAAAUCUCACCAGACCCCCUUAUUAACAGUCUAUACUAUAGCGAAGUUCCUAUGUACUUCUCGGUACUUGGUUUUGGUUUUACGAAGACAAGGGGGGCUAAGAUUUAGUCGUAAUGGCAGUUUUUUAUGAGGCAAGGGGAGCCUGUCUGUUCUUAGUGAGGUGUUGUAUAUUAUGAACGCCGAGGAAUAUUUAAAGAAAGGGGCUUGC